AUUAGCAGUCGGUUUACAUCUUUAUAACUUAACUUAAAUUUUUAAUUAUUAUUUCUUCUAGAUACAAUGGAGAAAACUUCUUUGGAAAUUAACCUCCCCAAUACCGAUGAAGAAAGAAAGCUUUACGUAGUUGAUUCCUUAAACAACCUAAACAAACUAAAUGUUUGCCCAGAUGAAUUCCAGCGUCCUCUGGAUGAGGAUGUUGAGAGCACCGGUGGCACUAGAGAGGACAUGACAGGGAGUAAAACAAGAAACCAGUGCUACUUCUUCAUUGCCUUCAUUCUUACUUUGAUUGUCAGUUUGGCAAUUGUUUCAUUUGUAAUAUUCUUAAUAAUUCAAACUAGAAACAAGAUGGACCAAAUAUCAAGCAGACUCAUAUCUGAAAGGAAGAACAUAGAAGAGCUUAAGAAAAUGAACAGUAUGAUACUAAAGUAUCUAAAUCAAUCAGAAAUGAAGGAAAAGGAAAGAUACCUCUUCACACAGUCUCCUGAACUUCAUGAUUACUUCUUCACCCAUCCAGAGAUGAAAGUUUCUGGAGAAUAGAUCUACUUUGGAAUGAAAUUCAGCAUCACUUUAUUCACGUACUCAGAUGUUUUCACGAUAUACUGUAACAUUCUGAUAUGGUCACAGGAACAUUACAAAGGCUAUCUGAAUGAAAAAUAUUAGAAAAGGAUAUUUGAUUCUGUUUGACGUGAACACAGAUUUUGAAAAAUAAGCCCACUAUAAACAGUGAAUGGUCAACAAUUUUCAGUAGUUUCAGAUUCUCUGUGCAUUGUAAAUUACAGGGCUAGGGGCUUAGUUUUACUUCAGAUGUAAGUGAUGACACAGAAUAAUGAUUUUUAUUCAAGUGAUCCCUGCAUGGCCUUGUUGACUUUGGAACAACUUCUGUCUUUGCUUCUAUAUUAUUUGUAUUCGAGGAUAACUGCAGAUUUCGUCACUUACAAAUAAAUUCAGUUUUGCCACUGAGUUUGUGGU